AUGUCUCGUCAGGCCGUUUCAACCCUCCGGGCUGUGACUCAGAAAGCACAAAUUCGACAAAGCCCAGCUAUGAAGCAAACUAUCUGCAAAUUCUGCGACACUCUUCAGAUUGAGGGUGCCACCUGUACAUCAACCAUCGAGAAUGCCAGCAAAGGGGGGAGAAAGCCAUGGGCUGAUGUUCUGAACAUUAAGUGUAAAACUUGUGGAAACGUCAAGAGAUAUCCAGUCAGCGCACCGAAGCAAAAGCGGAAGACUUUGCGCAGUUCUAGUUACCAAGAAGGUGCAGAAGAUAGCAGCAUUGAGUCCAAGGGACAGAAGUCGACAACACAGAUCACACCAUACGAGACACCAGACCAAACACCAGGACCUUGA